UGGGGGCGAGGCUGGGCGGGUGCAUCUGGUAUAAGUGCCCGUGCCCCUGCCCGGCCUGCAUGCGGGUGCUUCUGGAAGUUGCCUGCGCUGCUCCGAGCUGGCGUCAUGAGACUUGCCCUGCUGUGUGGGCUGCUGGUGGCGGCUGGUCUGACUCCAGCCCAGGGAGGCCUCCUGAAUCUGAACAAGAUGGUCCGGCAAGUGACCAAGAAGAUACCCCUCUUCAACUACUGGCCCUAUGGUUGUUACUGCGGACUUGGUGGCAGAGGCCAGCCCAAAGAUGCCACAGACUGGUGCUGCCAGAAGCAUGAUUGUUGCUACAAACACCUGAGGACCUACCAAUGCAGACCCAAGAGGGACCAUUAUAAUUACACCUUUUCCCAGGGGGAAGUCCAGUGCCGUAGUGGUGGUGUACAAUCUGAAGUUGCUGGGCGAGCUGGCAGGCAUUUCAGAGGUGUCAAGGACACCGAGUACCAAGUGACCUUCAUCUCCACGUGGUUAAAGGAUCUGGAGAGGCUUGGUCUGGGCACAGCACGGGCCCCUGUGCCAGCCAGCGCUCUUUGGCUCUGCCCUGGGAAGCCAUGCCCAGGCAGGGCUAGAGGCCAAGGUGAAGGAGGCCCCCCGAGGAACAUCCAUUCUGCUCUUGGGGAGCUACGAGGAGCCCCAGAUUCCAGAGACUCCAGCGCUAGGCUGCUCCUGUCCCUUUUGGCUCCGUGCCCCCCAGUACAUAAUCCUCCUCCCUGGGGAAGGGCAGCAGAAGGCGUCACCCCAGAACGUGCCACUUUGACAGAAGGAUUGUUUUGAGCUGAAGGCAACUGAGAAUGAGCAGAGGCCGGAAGAGAGUUCUCCGCCCCGCCCUUAGCCCACUAGAAGCCGGGCACAGGUCUCCUGUGGAGGAAGGAGUCGAAGGAGGAGAAGAGCUCCUCUCUCUGGAGCCUGGGUUCAGGCCGAGAUGAGUUUGCACAAACAGACCUCAGUAGAAAAGCCUUUCCUCUUCCCUUGUCUCCCCUAUAUUAUUUCCUAGCCAUUUCACCACCGUUGAUUACCCCUAGAGGGCCAAACUCUUUCCUUUAAGAGGAUACAUAGGCCCUGGAGUCAAACAGCUUCUUGGUUUCAUCUUUCUGUGAACUACCAGGCGCACACAUGUUAAUAAAAUCCUGCACCCCCUUUGCUGUUAGUCUUUUUUUUUUUUAAUUUGCAGGCCCCCAGGGAUGGACCUAAAAGAGGAAAAAGGGUUUCCUCUCCAACUUUGGCCUGCAAUUCCCCAUUGACACCUAAAUGACUAAAGUGAAAAAAACCAGUUAAACAGAAAAAUAAGUAAAACAUGAACCGCAGCUUGCCCAUCGCCCAUCUUAAUUCCAUGGGGGAAAAUAAGCCACACGGAAGGUUGGCGGGAGAAACACUAACCUUGCAGGUAGAGUGUGGACCAGUCCACAGCCUCCUGGCUCCUAGCUGUGAAAUUCCAGGUCCCUGUCAUUGAAACUUCAGUCUCUUUGCCCACGAAAAGGGAGUCCCAGGACUGUCCCCACAGGGGUUUGUAAAGCUUGAAUGACAGACCAGAUCUGUCCUGCCAGGACUCCCUUGGAACUUGGGCCAUAGUGUGACCCUGCUGUGUGGUUGUCCUGAAUGUCAUCAUCUGCAUCCGAGGUGGCAACAGCUGCAUCUAUACAACUUUAUUUUGAAAAACCAGCCUCUACCUCAGAGCAAAGCCUGUCCAAGGAAGGGACAUGACCUUUGUCCUUGGAAAGACCCACAGAGCACUCCUAGGCACAUUCCCACCCUGCUAAGUUGUUUAUCUACAAAUAACAGGAGAGAUCUGCUGCGCCAGGUGUCCCUGACUCAGUCAGGCUAGAUCCAUAGCAACCCCCUAGCAGCCACCAAUCAGCAUGAGACAGGAAAAUACCUGGGAUGCCAGAUGACCCUCCCAGUAGUUUAUGGUGGUUGAUAACAUGUUGGGAAACCAUGUAGUUCAGCACAAACACCCCUUUUGGCUUAAACCAAUCAGUUCAAACGAAUCCCCCUCUUGUACUCACCAAUCACCCCUCCCCAACUUGUUCCCGCCAGUGAAUGUGCUAAUCAUGUUUUAGAGUUGUUUGAUUUUCCCGCGAUGUGUGAUGAUUUCCUAAGAGAUGCUAUGAUGUAUGUGGGGGUCCCUGCCUUCUCCAAAGAAUGUAUAAAACUGUUGCAAACGCUGGGCUCGGGGCCUCUCAGCGUCACCAGUUGCUGUGUGUGCGUGCGGAGGACCGAGCUAGCUCGCAAUAAACACCUCUUAUGAUCUUUACAUCGA